CCUGGCCCAGCAAAGCCCAUCUAGCUGACAGUCCCCAGGAUAACGCUGCCGUCCUGCUGCAGAGCCGGUGGAGCCAUGCCCAAGAAGAAUGAUGACACCAAAAAGCCAGCAUCGGAGACGGUGCUGGACCAGCACUGGAAACUACAAGUCUUCUACCUCUGCUUCUAUGGCUUCAUGACACAGAUCCGGCCCGGGGAGAGCUUCAUCACCCCCUAUCUCCUGGGGCCCAACAAGAACUUCACACAGGCAGAGGUGACCAACGUGAUCAUGCCGGUGCUGACCUACUCCUACAUGGCUGUGCUGGUGCCCAUCUUCCGGCUGACGGACUCCCUGCGCUACAAGCCUGUGCUGGUGCUGCAGAGCCUGAGCCAUGUCUCCAUCUGGCUGCUGCUGGUGUUCGGCACCUCUGUCCUGGCCAUGCAGCUGAUGGAGUUCUUCUACGGUGUCACCAUGGCUGCCCGCAUCGCCUACUCCUCCUACAUCUUCUCCCUUGUUGCCCCAUCCCGCUACCAGCGUAUGGCCAGCUAUUCCCGCUCCGCUGUCCUCCUGGGCGUCUUCACCAGCUCGGUGCUGGGCCAGCUCUGCGUCACCUUGGGCGACGUCUCCUUCCUCACCCUCAAUUACGUCUCGUUGGGCUUUGUCAGCUUCGGCCUCGUCCUCACCCUCUUCCUUGAGCGGCCCCGACGCAGCCUCUUCUUCAACCGGUGGCGGGAGGCGGUGCUGUGCCGUAUGCUGCGAGAGGUGGGAGCGUUGGCUGGUCAACCCCAGCUCCGGCUCUGGUCCUUGUGGUGGGUCUUCAACUCAGCUGGUUACUACUUGAUGCUGUACUAUGUGCAGAUCCUCUGGAAUGAGAUCUACCCCGCCACAGACAACUACCGGGUAUACAACGGAGGGGUGGACGCCGCCUCCACACUGCUGGGGGCUGGUGCCUCCUUUGCCGCCGGGUACGUGAAGAUCCGCUGGACGCUGUGGUCGGAGCUGGUGAUUGGAGUGGUGACGGCUUUCCAGGCAGGGCUGCUCCUGCUCAUGACCACCACCAGCAACAUCUGGCUGUGCUACACUGCCUACGUCCUCUUCCGUGGCUCCUACCAGUUCCUGGUGCCUGUCGCCAUUUUCCAGAUCGCUACCUCCCUCUCCAAAGAGCUCUGCGCACUGGUCUUUGGGGUUAACACCUUCUUCGCCACUGUGUUGAAGACCAUCAUCACCAUCAUCGUGGCUGACAAGAGGGGCUUGGGCUUGUCUGUGCAUCCCCAGUUUUACGUGUAUUUCGGCUACUUCACGCUGCUGGCGGUGGUCUACCUGCUGGCAGCCGUCAGUGUGGGCAUCCGGCACAUCCGCUGCAAGCAGCCAGGGGAGCUGGCCUUGGCCAAGGAGCCGUGCCAGCUCCCCACCGAGGUGCCGGCACAGGAGAAGAGCGCGGAGGCAGGCGCCGUGCAAGCCUGA